AUGGGUGAAGGCGGAUCUACGGCAGUUGAUCCCAUAUUAAAUAAGCUGAGUGUCGACGCUUUCAAUAUACUACCCAUUUCCCUCAAUCCUUUUUGGGAGCAAUGGUGUUCAAUGGACCAGCGAGCCUUCCCUCAGUCGGCGGAAGAAGGCAAUUUGGUGAGCGCUUACAGGCAGAGUAAAUUCGUGUUCGAUGAUUCCCUGCCUACCUCCCCAACCAGCUCCCUGGAUCACUGCAGUGAUCCGUACCCUGCCGCCACCUUCACGGCUACACCCUCAGUCUUUCAGACGCCAUAUUCCCAAACAUCCCACCAGUUAGGCAUCCCGUCUCCGCCCCUAACGGCUAAAAGGGAGGAGCGUCAAAAGCGGAAGCGUUGCUCAAAUAAGAAUUCAGCUCGCAAAUCUUUAAGACGAUAUUCCUCUCGAGAUAGCAACGCCAAUACAGCAACGAGAGAAGGAGGUGCUGGCCGUUCAAACAGAUCUUGCGGUACCCACAGCCACCAUGGUAGUGAGCACUCGGGCCAACAAGACAAGAACCAUAGCCAACAUACAAAAGAGAGGAAUCGUAUUGUGUCCGGCAAAUUCCGAGCUAAGAAGCGAGAACAUAUGCUAAGAGUCCAGUCAGAGGAGCAAGAGCUGGAACGAACCAAUUACGACCUGUCCAUCUGCGUAGCUAACCUGACUCGUGAGGUCCAGGAGCUCAAGAUGAAGCUUUUACAACAUACCGAUUGCGACUGCUCGCUCAUCCAUGACUACCUCGCCAUAGAGGCCCAGCGCUACGUUUGUGGACUCAGUAUGCAAUCGCAGCUCAAGACUACUUCCCCCGGCGCAGCAUGCAAGUAA